GGAGAGCCUUCAAAAACCGGCACAGCUACUGUUCGCAUCUACACAAAGAAUAAAAAUGAUGAAGAACCAAAGUUCUCGCAGCAAGUGUAUACUCCAAAUGUGGAUGAAAAUGCUGGUCCCAAUACUUUAGUUACAACAGUUGUUGCUUCUGAUAAAGAUGGAGACAAUGUCAGGUUUGGAUUUGUUGGUGGGGGUACGUCCUCUGGCCAGUUCGUCAUCGAGGAAAUCACCGGAGUGAUUCGGCUACAUGGGAAGGCAAUAUCUCUGGAUCGAGACAAGUAUGAACUGAAUGUAACAGCUAUGGAUGAUGGGGCAUGCUGUGUGAAUGGCGAUGCCACAAUUCACACGAGCACGGCCGUCGUCGUCGUUUUUAUCACGGAUGUGAACGACAACAAGCCGAUGUUCAAAGACUGUGGGACGUACUAUCCUAAAGUGGAGGAAGGUGCUCCCAAUGGCAGUCCAGUCAUAAAGGUUCAUGCAACUGAUGAAGACAAAGGUGUGAAUGGGCAGGUUAAAUACUCUAUAGUGCAGCAGCCAAACCAGAAGGGCACCAAAUUUACUGUUGACGAAGAAACGGGAGAAGUGUCAACAAAUAAAGUGUUUGAUCGUGAAGGAGAUGAUGGGAAGUUUGUAUCAGUGACAGUGAAGGCAACGGAUCAGGGUGAACCAUCGCUGGAGGGUGUGUGUUCAUUUACAGUUGAGAUUACAGAUGUGAAUGACAAUCCACCUUUGUUUGACAGACAGAAAUAUGUAGAAAAUGUGAAGCAAGAUGCAAAUAUCGGUACCAAUAUUUUGCGUGUAUCCGCAUCUGACGAAGAUGCUGACAACAACGGAGCAAUUGUUUACACACUGAGCGCUCCCUACAAUCCUUUGGAUCUCGAAUACUUUCAGGAGUCUGGCUGGAUUGUGUUGCGGAAGCCGCUGGAUCGAGAAACAUACAAGUUGGAGGCCAUGGCUCAAGAUAAAGGGUACCCUCCCUUGUCCCGAUCCGUGGAAGUUCAAAUUGAUGUUGUGGACCGUGCAAACAAUCCUCCAGUGUGGGACCACGUGGUCUACGGACCCAUCUACAUUAAAGAAAACAUGCCGAUCGGGGCAAAAGUUGUAUCGGUUAAAGCCAGCUCUGGGAUAGACGGCAAUCCCACAGUGUUCUAUCAUCUUAUGCCAGGGUCGACGGCACAAACGAACAAGCUUCAUACAUUCUAUUCGCAACAGAGAGCGGAUAAUGGAUUCACUUGGGCAGAUAUAAAAGUUAAUCAACCGUUAGAUUAUGAAACUGUAAAAGAAUAUAAUCUAACUAUAAGAGUUGAGAAUAAUGGAUUACAGCAGCUGGCCUCAGAAGCCACUGUCUUUAUCAUGCUUGAGGAUGUCAAUGAUGAAAUUCCUCUUUUCACUGAGCGAGAACAAGAAACUGUGCUAGAAGGCGAGCCUAUUGGUACCAAAGUGACACAGGUCAAUGCAAUCGACAAAGAUGGCACCUUCCCAAACAAUCAGGUAUACUACUAUGUAGUAGACUCACCCCGUAACGAGGGAAAAGACUUCUUUGAGAUCAAUUUGCAGUCAGGCGAAGUGUUCACAAAGAUUGUGUUCGAUCGUGAGAAGCAAGGCGCCUAUGCAUUGGAGGUGGAGGCACGUGACGGAGCACCAUCUGCAAGGCCGAACAGCGGUGGACAACCCAACUCAGAAUUUGACUUCGCUUUCCGUCCUGUGGUUCUACGCCUUAUUCACCACUCCUUUGGAGAGUUCUGCGCGUGUUUGUCACGACAAGACCAUACACCGCUUUCAUAACCAAUUUUAUUCGAUCCACUUGGGACGAGAUUGCUUACCGAAACGCCAACUUCUU